AUGCGCUUCUCGGCAGCAGCCCUGACUCUGGCCCUGGCCGCCACCGCCACCGCCGAGCUCGACGCCGUCAAGAUCCUCGAGGAGAUGAUGCCCAACUUCAAGUGCAAAGACACCAAGGAGUGCCGUACCCCCGCGCAGAGCGCCCCCUUCAUCGUGAACUCCAUGAAGCGCUGGCAAGUCUGCAACCCCAACGCCAUGGCCGCCAUCGUCUCCCUCAUGGCCUUUGAGUCGGGCAACUUCACGUACAAGCACAACGCGUUCCCCGGCCGCCCGGGCCAGGGCACCGCCAACAUGCAAAUGGCCAACUUUAACCUCCUGUACGCCCAGGACAUCCCCGAGCUCAAGGACAAGGUCAGCAACAUCACCGACGUCAAGGGCGCGUCCAACGAGACCCUCAACUACAUCUUGUCCUUGGUCCAGCCGGACGAGUACAACUUUGGCAGCGGACCCUGGUUCUACCAGAAACAGUGCGACAAGGGCGUCCACGACGCCAUGGAGAAGAACGCCGACGAGGGUUUCGCCGCCUACAUGAAGUGCGUUGGCGUCCAGGUCACGGACGACAGGAAGGCCUACUUUACCCGCGCCAAGAAGGCCUUUGGCCUGGCUUGA